GUGACGGUGACUCCAUCACUUCACGCUCACGACUCGCACUGUGACCCGCCCUCGCCCUCGCACUCGCAAUCGCCCUCGCACUCGCCCUCGCCCUCGCCCUCGCACUCGCACUCGCACUUGCGACUCUUGACUCGGACACGCAACUCGAUGGGAGUAAAUGGCGAGUGUGAGUGGCUUCGUCAUCAUCGUAUCCUCUCGCGCAGCGCCAACGAGCACAUCAACCCGACAGCAACAGGAGCGAAGCCUUCAACAACUCUUCUCCCAGGCAGUCUCCGCCAAGCGAGCCAUCCAUCAUGACAUCCCUCGCUCCCACACUCUCCACCAUUCCCGGCACACCUCCUGCAUCGGCUACUCCAUCGGCCAUCAACUCGCCGCGCGGUCGCUCAGACAGUCUGGAAGAUGUCAGGCAUGGUGCGAGUCCCCUCGCGAAUCGCACCGCAAGGCCCUUCUACUCUUCCAGCGGCACCUCCAGCUCGAGCUCGAGCUCGCAUCCGCUCUCCAGAAGAGUCAAGGAGAUCCUCUUGGCACCGCCGCCAACCGAGCAAGAAAUGCUGGAAACGCGUCAAGCGCUGGAUCAAAUCGGGGAGGCUUACUCGACUUCGACCGCGAACGCGAAUGGCGAGAGGAGCCAUCCUAGCGUAACGCCUAAAGCUGCGACCACCGUGGACUUGGAACGAGCGAGAAGGCGCUUGGAUCGCGAUUUGAGGCGAGAUGCCGAUCGAGCUGCCAAGGAUUUUCAAAAGGUGUUGGGCGGCGUGGAUCGAGCCCUGGCUGCUUUGGUAGCUAACAACGAAGCAAUGCACGCCGCAGUCAACGACGUCGAUGCUCGCCUGCACGCCGCUUCCGUCGCCAGCGCUCAUUUGAGGGAACAUGCCUCCGGUCUGAACAGGCAGAGAAGCACCGCGGAGAAUCAGAGGCAGAUCCUGCAACUCUUCCUCCAGCGCUUCACUCUCUCAGCAGACGAGACGAACAGCAUCUACUCCCGCGAUAUGCCUGUGGGCGCCGAGCUGUUUCGUACGAUGGACAGGAUUGAAAAGAUACGCAGCGACUGUCAGGUCCUGCUCGUGGGACGCGAAGUGGGAGAGAAGGGCGGCAUGCGUGCAGGCAUGGAUCUGAUGGAUACGACGGCGACCCAACUUGAUGCUGCGCAGAAUAAGAUUGCUCGUUGGCUUUCGUUCGAGUUCCGACAGCCGCCCCGAGACGGUAUGGAGGUGGGGCCUGCUAUGAGGGAAUCGGUCAAGCGGCUCGAGGCCCGACCUGAUCUGCUCAGAUCUGCAUUGCAAGUCCUGGCUGGAACGAGGGCAACUUUUCUCUCCCAAGCAUUCCACGCAGCACUCACACAAGGCGGUCCAGCACCCUCCUACCUGCCUCGGCCUAUCGAGGUGCACGCGCACGACCCCCAAAGAUAUGUGGGAGAUAUGCUGGCAUGGGUGCAUCAAUCCGUAGCUUCAGAAAGGGAAUUCCUGAUCGGUCUCUUUGGACGAGAAGAGGAAGAGGUCAAAAUCGGCAGGAGAGUUGGCGAGAGGAGGAAAGGCAUAGAGAGCGUUGACUGGUCCAGCGCGACACUGAGCAGCGGAGAGAGAGAGACAGAGAGAAGGGUGCGGGAAGUGCUAGAUCGAGUGAUGGAAGGGUGCGCCCGGCCGCUCAAGCUACGAAUUGAACAGACAGUCUCCUCUCAAGAGGGUUGCAUCACUUCGUUCCGGCUCGCAAGUCUUGUGCACUUUUAUCACAUCACGAUGGAACGGACGAUCGGGACCAAGGCUGCUCUCAGUAGGAUCCUUAGAGAAAUCAGCGCCACGUCGUACGAGUCCUUCCUCUCUACCCUGGAUCGGCAAGCUCAAGGAUUGGAACGCUUUGCUUCGGGCCCUCAAGCGGACUUGAGAGCGCCGCCUCCUUUGCUGGGCGCUUCCAGCACGCUCAAGGAGCUCUUAGCUGUCCAUCACUCAUCCAUCUCCGAACAGGACCAGUUCGGUAACGCGCUGCCCUUGAUGGGCCAAUCCCGCGCGCCAACAGGUCCUAGUCAGCCUGAUGAAGCGCGCGAGGCGGAUCCCAUGGAAAGGGUGCUCAGCAAGCUUGUGGAUCCCAUGCUUGAGAUGUGUGCCCGCAUGGCAGAAGUGCACAUCAAGAAGGUAUCGAGGAAAUCGGAAAGCUUGGCGAAUUGGGAGGCUGCCAUCUUUUUGUGCAAUUGUUUCGCGCACGUCAAGACAAUCCUUGAGCCUUACGCUUUUGCAGCCAUGGCCACCGACAAGAUUUUGAGCUGCAUUCGCGACCAGAUCAAAGACCUAAUCACCGCUCAUCAUGGGCAACUCAAAAAGGAAAGCGGCCUUGAACCUCUAUUGACUGCCAUCGAGGCAAGACCCACCGGGGCUACUCUCGCAUCCCAGACUGCUUCAUCGCCUGCUGCUGUUCGAUCUUGCUUGUCGACCUUCGACGUCUUCCUCAAUUCGAGCUCGUUGGUCGACCCCGCACCUUUGAAGCCAAUCUCAGAUCCAAGUAUCAGGAGUCAGAUACAGAGUGGCGCCCUCCACCUGUUGGCCAGGGAUUACGAAAUCAUCGUCGCAGAAUUGCGGAAAGAGGAUGGUGCUCCAGCGUCGGAUGCGAACUCAGCCCUGCUUCAGAGGAGUCCCAUGGAUGUUAGAUUGUUGCUCGGGCUCGACAUUUGAGCAUCUCGCUCGUCUCGACCGGUUCUUGGGUGGUACAGAUACGGUACAGAGGCAAAUGUAUAAAUCAACAUGGCGGUGCGCAUUGACACGCAAUGACAGGGCUACGUCG